ACAAGAAGGAAGAGCAAUGGCGACAUUGGAUCGCCAACUACUCAGCCUGGAUACGUUCCUGUCUAAACCGUGGUCAGUCUUCAUUGACGCAGCAAAAUUACACCACACACACAACUUUUUCAUCGAAAAUCAUGGAAAGCAGCUGUUGAACUCUGGAGAGGGCACUAAACUUAAUAAAGAGGAUAUGCACUUGUAUGGCCAAUUUCCAACCCAUGAGGAUUUCUCUCUCGUCAUAUGCAAUGUCUGCAACCAAGUGGUUAAACCUCAGGGGCUCCUGACACAUUACCAGAAGAGACACGGAUCUCCCGGCUCCUCCAAAACCCCUUUGGUUCCUAUGAAGCCAAAAAUGUCCCUGAGCCAGAGUGACGUGGAUGCACUGCCGUUCCGCGUGCCCAGAGAUUACCCCCACUCACGCUUCAACAAAGCACCUCUCGCUGUGUAUCCACCCAAAGGAGCUCGCGCCAAGGCAUGUGUGUCCUUGCCUGUGGUGAGUCUGGAGAAGAUGCCAUGUUUUAGCAGAACAGAAGGAGCUCAUGUCAAAGUCAACUCCACCUCCUCCAACUCUGGCACCUCUUUGUCCUCCUCUUCUUCCGCGUCUUCCUCUCCAUCCUCCACUAGUACCAUCAAAUCCUCUCACACAUCACAGGCUUCCCAUAAAGCCCAGGACAAGUUCCUUAAUGGUCGUGGACCCGCCACACCCCGCUCUAUCACACCACCUUCUUCGAUUGACAGACGGCCCAGCCCGUCGCGCUCUCCACUGGACAAACGCCCCGCCCCUUCGCCCUCGUCAGUGGACAGGAGACCCAAUGCUUCCCCUUCUCCUUCCUCACUGGACAAAAGGCCCAAUGUUUCACCUUUGCCUGUACCUCUAGACAGGAAGCCCCCGAGCACAGCCAAGGGCAACAGACAUAAGAGAGUGUCAGGGAGAGUAUUUGACCCCAAUAAACACUGUGGGGUUUUGGACCCAGAGACAAGAAAACCAUGUACCCGAUCUCUCACUUGCAAGACUCACUCUCUAACUCAUCGCCGUGCGGUGCCUGGGCGGAGGAAAGAUUUCGAUAUUCUCCUGGCAGAGCAUAAGGGACGUGCUAAGGAGAAAGAGGCAGGGCACAAACGGGAUCCUACGGCAGCCAACCAGGCUGCUCAGAUGGUUCAGUCACAUGACACUACAUCUACUGUGCCCUCCAGCUGCCACAACGGCAAGACCACGCCCACUCUUAAACUAAGACUAGCAAAUGCGCAUGUUAACAGAACCUCUGGGGGUGGGGGUGCGGUGGUCCUAAGCUCCAUGUCAGUACCAGCCCCUGAGCCUGUGGCCAGCUGGCAGAGGCCUCUGGGGGAUGAGCGUCUAUCCAGUGAUGAAGGAGAGGCAGAGCUGCCUGAAGAGGCAGAGAGGGCUUACUGUCAUUAUGCUACGCGCCACCCACGGCCCAUGAGUUGCUGUACAUUCAACAGCAGGUUGAUGGGGAGAGGGCACUAUGUGUUUGACAGGCGAUGGGACAGAAUGAGGCUGGCAGUCCACUGCAUGGUGGAGAAGCAUGUCAACUCUCAGAUGUGGAAGAAAGUACCCCUGGCUGCAGAGAGUGUGCUCAGUGUUUCUCCCAGUGCCUCGGAGGUCUCUCCUUCUCUGGGUUCGCCCCUCAUCCCCACACCAGGCCUCACUCCUGCACUGGAUGGAGUGUCCAUGGUCUCCUACUCCACUGCCUUCCCCCAUAAUGGAGCAGGGGUCUUCUGCAUCAGGGAUCCAGACCCCGGUCUCAAACUGCCGAGAACAAAACUCAGCAGGUCCCCUAGAGGUUCAGGUGAGGGAGCCAAAAAGAGGAAGCCCCCUCCCACCCCAGUCAUGGGGUCUUGCGGAAGCAAAAACGGGAACGGCUACAACCCUCCGGGUCCGGCUCCCAUCAGCAAUGGGACCGCUGCUCUGAGCGUGAAGGCCAGGCCGCUGGGGCGCGGUGGGCAGGGACCCAGAGACUCAGACAGGUACGGCAGCAUGGAGCUAGGCCUGCCCCAGGCGCUAACAGGGGAGCACGGUGUCUCCUUCCCCCAUAGCACCCUGCCCUGCGGCCUGACGGAAGGGAGGAAGCGCAAGAGCUCUGGCUCCAGCGAACGUACCAGCAAGAUGAGUAAAACGAUGGGGAUGGAUGGAAUGUUACGGAAGAACAGUGCCAGUCUGCCCUCUUCUGUGCCUGAGACACCCCACGGGCCGCUCUCCAGACAGCCCAAGAUUCAUCACUGAUGUCCUGGCUUUGGAAGAUGGACACAGAGGUGAGCUGUCCAGUGGAUGUGAAAUCAGCUCCACUCCGACUGUAUAUGACACAGCGCGUCGCAGGCUUCUGAAGCACAGAAGCGCAGGAUCUAGCCUGAAGUCUGGUACAUGACUCUGUCAGCACUGUGAAUAAAGCCUCUUGCUUUGGCUCUUCAGUUGGUAUGUCCACCAGGAGUUUUAUAGGUACCACCACUCCCUCUGCAAUCUACCUACUCUUCCAGGAGAUCUGCUAUUGACUGGGUAGUGUUUCUCAGAUUUUAUUUUUUGUUUUUUUUUUUUACUAGACAGGAGCACAUUGCGCUCAGAUCAACACUUCACAAACGACCCUGUUUAUAGAGAUGUGGCUUCUCUUCGUUUUUGACUCCACGGCAUCAAAUGCACAGGCGUAAGGCUCAUGCCUUGAACAUUCAUCAAUGUCUCUUUUUCCGUAUCAGUUUUGGGGGGGGAGGGGGCACCAUGUUCCUCCUUAUGCUUGUGUGGGAAGUUUGACUGCUGAGGACAACUCUCAACCUGACACAACGUGUUCCCGUCCCGUCCGUCAUAAGGGCGGCUCCACAUUGGAAGAGCUUCUCCACAGAGUCUAGAUAAAGUGCACUUAAUGUCCUGAAGCCUGGACUACACAGCAGGCCCUAUAGGAAAGGUUUCAACCAAGGGAAUAUUUUACAGACGUUUUUUGGCAAGCUGUAUUUUUAUAAAUAGGAUGAAUUCAGGUUUUUGAGUAUACUGUUUCUGUUGCAAAUGUUUAAAAGAAUACAGUGUCAGGACUUGCACCCAAAAGGAAAACAAUGUAGGGUAGUGUUGGAUUUUGUAAAAUAAUUUAUCAUUUCUUUAUUAAUUUUCUAACUUACAAGAGUAGGGCUACAGAUGUUGAG